CUGCGGAAACCUCUCAGUUUCUCCGUGACAAAACAGUUGAUUCUGAAAUUUAAGAUGCCAGACUAUUUGGGGGACGACCAAAGGAAGAUAAAGGAAGAGGAAAAAGAAGAUGGACCUAUUAGAGCUUUGGAUGAAGGGGACAUAGCUCUGCUGAAAACAUAUGGUCAAAGCACCUAUUCCAGACAGAUCAAACAAGUGGAAGAUGACAUUCAGAGCCUUCUUAAAAAGAUCAAUGAACUGACAGGCAUUAAGGAGUCAGAUACAGGUCUGGCUCCACCAGCACUUUGGGAUUUGGCUGCUGAUAAGCAAACGCUGCAGAGUGAACAGCCAUUACAAGUUGCAAGAUGCACAAAGAUCAUCAAUGCAGACUCUGAGGAUCCCAAAUAUAUCAUAAAUGUCAAACAGUUUGCUAAGUUUGUGGUGGACCUGAGUGACCAGGUGGCUCCUACUGACAUUGAGGAAGGCAUGAGAGUCGGAGUUGAUAGGAACAAGUAUCAGAUCCAUAUUCCUCUGCCACCAAAAAUCGAUCCUACAGUCACCAUGAUGCAGGUGGAGGAGAAGCCUGAUGUAACAUACAGUGAUGUUGGUGGUUGUAAGGAGCAGAUUGAGAAGUUGAGAGAGGUGGUCGAAACCCCUCUGCUCCACCCUGAGAGGUUUGUCAAUCUGGGUAUUGAGCCACCCAAAGGUGUACUGUUGUUUGGACCCCCUGGCACUGGAAAGACCCUGUGUGCUCGUGCUGUGGCCAACAGAACAGAUGCCUGCUUCAUCAGGGUCAUUGGCUCUGAGCUGGUGCAGAAAUAUGUGGGAGAGGGAGCCAGAAUGGUCCGUGAGCUGUUUGAAAUGGCCAGGACUAAGAAGGCCUGUCUCAUCUUCUUCGAUGAAAUUGAUGCCAUUGGGGGAGCCCGUUUUGAUGACGGCGCGGGUGGAGACAAUGAGGUCCAGAGGACCAUGCUGGAGCUCAUCAACCAGCUGGAUGGCUUUGAUCCCCGAGGCAACAUAAAAGUUCUGAUGGCCACCAACAGGCCGGACACUCUGGACCCAGCUCUGAUGAGACCUGGACGUCUGGACAGGAAGAUUGAGUUCAGCCUGCCUGACCUGGAGGGUCGCACCCACAUAUUUAAGAUCCAUGCACGCUCCAUGAGCGUGGAGAGAGAUAUUCGCUUUGAGCUUCUGGCUCGUCUCUGUCCCAACAGCACUGGUGCUGAGAUCCGCAGCGUGUGCACCGAGGCGGGCAUGUUUGCCAUCAGGGCUCGUAGGAAGAUCGCCACAGAGAAAGACUUCCUGGAGGCUGUAAACAAGGUCAUCAAGUCCUACGCCAAGUUCAGCGCCACCCCAAGAUACAUGACCUACAACUGA